UGUCGCCUGUCGGUCAAUUUACUGGUCUGUGGUUGUCAAUACGUGUUGAGAAUUAUUGAGAUGGCAUUGUUAGAUUUAUGAUUAUAUUUGAUGGAAAUUGGAAUUCGGAAAAACUUGCCGGUGAUUUAAAUAAACAAAUGUUUCGAUUAUUACAAUAGUUGUGUAAAAAAUGUACUAAGAAUUUUAUGUAACCACUUUGAGACUAUUUAAGUUGUGAUUGUUUAUGUAAUAGCAUAGAAAUCGCAAAGGAAAUGUCUCUGAUUUCAACUAUUUCCCUAAUAAGCUUUUGCUUAUUUCAAAGUGCUACCGGCUUAGGGGAAAUUAUAUACGCAAUAAACGCAGGUGGACCAGCUCAUACCGAUAUAUACGGUAUUCAUUAUGAGAAGGAUCCUUUGCAGGGGAGAGUGGGCACAGCUUCGGACUACGGGAAGCAGCUCGUUAUGAUUGGAAGAGUCAAUUCUAAGGACGAAAUAUUAUAUCAGACUGAACGAUAUCACCACAGUACUUUCGGUUAUGACAUUCCAGCUAAUAAAGAUGGUGAUUAUGUGUUAGUUCUAAAGUUUAGUGAGGUGUACUUCAAUGCGCCCAACAUGAAAGUGUUCGAUGUUGUUCUUAAUGGAGAUCAUACCAUAGUAGCUGAUUUAGACAUUUUUGACAAAGUGGGCCGUGGUGUAGCUCACGAUGAGUAUGUACCUUAUUCUAUUAAAAAUGGUAAACUUUACUACAAUGAUGAAGAGUCUGACAUAAGAGGUGGAAAAAUUAAAGUUGAAUUCAUCAAAGGGUAUAGAGAUAAUCCAAAGAUUAAUGCUUUGUAUGUUGUAAGAGGAACGAUUGAUGAAGUUCCUAAGUUACCGCCCAUAGUGUGGCCCGAAGCAGACACUGAGGAGCCUAGAGAAGAAGUGGAGGAGAAAAGCACACAGACCCGACGUGCAAGCGGACCCAAACAACCUGACCCUUACUCUAUGGAUGAUAGCUCUGUGCUCAUCCCUGUCUUCAUCACUAUUGGUGCUUUCAUACCACUAUUGUUUUGCCUUUGCAAAUUAUAAAUUUUAU